AUGGAGGCUAACUUCAUGAUUCGAAAAAAAAGGGAAAAUCACUACUUAGUUUCCAACGUUCAAGUUGCAGGAUCUUGCAGGAGCUUUCAAGUGUCUGUUAGAUUCAACAACUUCCAGAACUUCGAGGACAACUUCCAGGGAUGUUUCCAGAAUUGGAAUAGAAUGAGAGGAGCAGCUUGGUUUCCGGGAUGCACCAAUUGCAAGGACAGCUUCCAGAACAGGAUUGGCAGAAACGAGGACGUCAGGAGUAAUAGAAUGAGGGGUUCGGAAACGGGAAUGGGAAAAAAUCAAGACUCUCGGGUUCGCACAAUCGCUUUUGCUGGUUUUUCAUUAUCAAAAAAGAAAGAGCUGAUUGGUCUCCGGGAUGCACCAACCUCGAACACUUCGAGGACAACUAUCAGGCCGGCUUCCAGGAUUUGCACGGAUUUGAAACAGCAUGAUGACAGGAGUACUGGCAGAAGCAGAAUAAUAUGCAAGAUUUCGGAAAAGCAACUGGACAAAGGAUACCGAGUCGACGUCGUAAUCUUUCUUGCGCGCUUCUCUUCGUCGAUGGUUUUUGGGAUCUCUUUUUGCUUCGGUUUUCGGUCCGUCUUCGUUAUUCUAGUCUCUGUCGUGGUCCUUCAGUUUGGUCUUUAG